CCUAAUUUUAUAAAAAUUACAAUAAUAUAAAAAUUAGUAAUUUGAUAUCAGUUGAUAUUUAAUAUCAUUGAACGAGUGAAUGUUAGUAAUAAAAAUAACAAUAGUUUAAAGAAUUAAACAGUUUGAAAUAGUUGAAUAAUAGGACAUCAAACGUGAAAGAAUUAUUUAAAAUAAAAGUUAUUUUUAUUGAUUUCAACACUUUUGCAAAAUGUUAAGAUCAUCGAUUUCAUAUUUAAUAUAAAUUUGACUCUUACAGUUAUUUCAGCAUUAAUGUAUUCUGAUUAUUAACUGACUAUAAUGGAACAAAUUCUAAUUUUCUUUUAUGCAGAUGUUUCUUGUAUUGCUAAAAGCGGCCAAGGUCAAAUAUCUUGUCACGUGACGUGCUUUUGUAACAUAAUAGUGGCAGAGUGGAUAAUAUAACAUCAUUCUAUAUUAAGUUUUUUUUAUACUAGGAAAUUUUUUGCAGAAGAAAAUAAGCCAGUUUUAAUGAUAGAAACACAUUGAAUAUGGAUUGGAAAAUUAAUAUUUUACAAAUUAUAAGCAAUUUUUGUUUGGAUUAAAUACAUUAAACAAAUUUUGCACAAUUUUUUCUAAAUAUUUUAGAAACUCCACUCCAUUUCAAAGAAAUGUUUUAAUAAAAAUAAAAUGCAGAAUCAAUAUUUUCAUGGAACCCAAAACAAGUGCGAAAAUUAACAUGAUGAUCAAGAUUUAUUUAUUAAAUUAUAAAGAAUUUGAAUUUAUAUUAAAUAAAAAAGACUGAGAUAGGUUUUGUCUCUAUCACAUCUUAUCAUUUUCUCUUCAUUAUAAUCCAAUAUUAAAUUGUUUGUAUUUUGGUGUUUGCUGACAACAUAGAUUACGCAUUAAUCAUUUAUAAUAAUUUUAAUUUGGAAUAUGUUCGAUUAUAAUCUGGAACAUGAUAUAUUCACAAUUGACGAAAGCAAUUUUUCAAAAAAAUAUGAAAUUUGGAAUUAUUUAAAAAUAGUGGAGCUUACAGAAUUAUAAGAUCAAAUCAACAAUCUACAAUAUCAGUAAAUAUGAUGAUAAUUUAAUUUAUAAUAUAAUAUAAUAAAAUAUUUAAUUCAAAAGCCAAAAUAUUUUGACUCAAAUAGAGAAGUGUCUUGAAUUAUCAUUGUUUUUUUCGAAUUUAUAAAUGAUUGUUGGAACGAGAAUUGACUAUAGGAGAAGAUAUUGUUAUUAACUAAAAAUAUUUUUUCAGAUUUCUUUUUUUUUUGUUAACAAUUCGAUCAUUAAAAAUUAAAUUAUAUUAAAAUUUUUUAUUUUAAAAAAUUUAAAUUUUUCUAAAGAUACGCAUAAAAAUUUAAUUAACAUGUUUCUAUCCCUAUUUAUAAAAAAAUAUUUUACUUUAUUAUUAAAUUUAUGCAAUGAGAUAAAAAUAUAGAAAAAGAUUAGAAGUGUUAAUUAAUUUUGAGAAAUAUAAGCUUUGUGAAAAUUAAUGUCAUAAAUAUACAAGUGAUAGUGAUACUAUUAACUAGUAAUAUAUAUCCAAUAUAAUCAUUUAUUUAUUCACUUUUUAGUUUCAUAAAUUAUUUUUUACUUUUUUUUAUUUGUUUCAAAUAAUAGAAUUGUUAUAUUUUUCUAAACAAAAAAAAAAUAAACAACAAAAACAUUUUUGAUCUUCAUAUGAAAAUUAAAUAAACAUGCUUGUGUUACGUAUAGUAACAAAUAUUUUAAAUUAUCGAAUCGAUUAUAACAACAAAUAUUUGAAGAAAGAUGAAAAUGAAGAAAAAAGAUAAAUAAAAUUAUAAUAAAUUAAAAAAUUGCAGAAUCACCAAUAAAAAGACAUUAUAAAUUAUUAACAAUUUAAAAGUCAAAAUUUUAUUAAUUUUCAUAUUUGUUUAAGUAUGAAAAUGUGUUCUUUCAAAUUUUGAAUUCGAAUAUGAACACACAUUGAUACACUGGUUACAUCCAAAUUAAUAUGCAAAGAUAACCAACAAAUUUAUUUUAUCUCUAUUUCAUUUCUUGUGAUCUAUAUAUACAUAUUAACUGUAUGUCUAGAUUGCAUUAAUUUCUAAAUAAAUUAAAUAAAUACUACGAUACAUAAAAUUUUUGAAGUAAUGAAAAAUUAUUUUUCAUAAAUUUGUCUUAUAAACAAUUAUUAUCUUGAUUAAUAGUUUUUUAGAACUAUGCAAAAACAAAAAAUAACAUAUUGUGUGACUCAAUAGAUAAACAAAAUUCUAUAAAGUUCCUACUUAAAUUAUUCCUUAAGGGAUUAUAAAUUAUAACCUGUCGCAUUCUAAUUUUUUAAAAAUAAAUAAAAAAUAUUUACAACAAAAUAAACAAAAAAUUUAAAAAUAUAAUUUAUUUUAUCUCUGUGAAGUACACGUCAAUACCUAUAUAUUGACCGACUGUUAAUCAAAAUUCAACAGUUAUAUUCUGCCUUUUCUUAAAAUUAUUACUCGUAAAAUAUUGGCAGCAUCCUCUAUAAGUAUUUUCAUAUAUUUUACUUGCAUUUAUUUGCGAAAUAUUUUGUAGAAAAAUGACAAACUGGUUACUGCUGAUAGUGUGUCUUAGCAUAGCUUGUCAAGAUGUCACAAGCGCGAUUCAUCGAAGAAAAUCUUCAAAAAAUUUGGAACAUUCGAUGAACGUGAUUCACGAAUGGAAAUAUCUUGAUUAUGAUUUCGAUAGCAAUGAAAAAAAACAAGCUGCGAUUCAAUUUGGUGAAUACGACUAUACGAAAAAUUAUCCCUUUGACGUCGAUCAAUGGCAUGAUAAGACUUUUGUCGCUGUAAUAAGAUACGAUGGUGUACCUUCCUCUUUGAACGUGAUAUCUGACAAAACUGGCAACGGUGGACGCCUUCUCCAACCGUAUCCUGAUUGGUCGUGGGCGAACUAUAAAGAUUGUUCUGGAAUCGUGAGCGUUUACAAAAUUGCGAUUGACAAAUUCGACAGAUUGUGGGUUCUGGACUCAGGUCUUAUUAAUAAUAUUCAACUUAUGUGUUCUCCAAAAUUGCUUGCCUUUGAUCUGACAACUUCGAAAUUGCUCAAGCAAGUCGAGAUACCGUACGAUAUUGCUGUAAAUGCCAGCACAAGAAUGGGAGGACUCGUCUCAUUAGUUGUUCAAGCUAUGGAUCCUAUGAAUACUAUGGUAUAUAUAGCAGAUGACAGAGGUGAUGCUUUAAUCGUCUAUCAAAAUUCCGAUGAUUCUUUCCAUCGAUUGAAUUCCAAUACUUUUGAUAACGAUCCCAGAUAUUCUGAAUUGACGGUCGCGGGAGAAAGUUUCACAGUGCAUGAUGGAAUUUUUGGAAUGGCACUUAGUCCUGUGACGAACAAUCUUUAUUACAGCCCUCUCACUUCUCACAGUUUGUAUUACGUUAACACGGAACCAUUCAUGAAAUCACAAUAUGGAGAAAAUAAUAUACAAUAUGAAGGAAUUCAAGAUAUUUUCAACACUCAAUCAUCCGCUAAAGUAAUGUCGAAAAAUGGCGUCCUUUUCUUCGGACUUGUGAAUAAUUCAGCUAUUGGUUGUUGGAACGAGCAUCAACCACUUCAGAAACAAAAUAUGGAUAUGGUCGCUCAGAAUGAAGAGACACUUCAAACAAUCACUAGUGUGAAAAUUAUACAAAAUCUUCCAUAUUCCGGAAGGAUGAAUAGAAUUCACAAGAAUGAAUAUAUGUUGGCUUUAAGUAACAGAAUGCAGAAAAUAGUAAACAAUGAUUUUAAUUUCAACGACAUAAAUUUCCGAAUAUUGGGUGCGAAUGUAAAGAACUUAAUAAAAAACACUCGUUGUGCAAAUUCUAAAAAUCAGAAUAACAAUCAAAAUAAACAUAAGAAUCAAGCUCAUUAGAUCUUUUCCAAGAUCAUAUUAAAUUCUAUAGAUUAAUUUUUUCUCGUGGUAAAUCAAAUAUUUUUAAAAAUUUAUUUGCAUUAUAAAUUAAUAAAAUAAAUAUCAUUUUCGCAUGA